AUUAAUGACGAUUUAUAUCAUCAAUAAAUUCUUAAUAUUUAUAAAUAUUUGAACAUGUAUCUAUUACUAAUUUCUUGAUAUCAUUAGAGCUCUAACAAUAUAUAUGAUUAUUGUUUAUUUAUCAGAGUUGUAAAUUGUUCUCUUUUGUAUCGUACUUAUAUAAUUUAAAUAUGAUGACUCAAAAGUAUCUUUAUUUUAAUACGAGAAUAUGUCAAAUACUACAUAAACAAUUAAAAAAUUUAUAUUUUCAUAAAUACAAUUACUCUAAAGCAAAAGAUGUAAAUAUAGAAGAUAGCGAAAGGAUGACACAUUUUGGUUUUAAAGAAGUCAAAGAAAGUGAAAAAGCUAAAGAAGUUCAUACAGUGUUUGAAAAUAUUGCAAACAAUUAUGACAAAAUGAAUGAUAUAAUGAGUUUAGGUAUUCAUCGGCUUUGGAAAGAUAUAUUCAUUCAAGAAUUAGCACCUACUCAUGGAACUCGUCUCUUAGAUUGUGCUGGUGGUACAGGAGAUAUAUCAUUUAGAUAUAUAAAUUAUUUGAGAAAUACCAAAAAUAUUAAUAAUAUAGAAAGCUAUGUAACAGUAUGUGACAUAAAUGAAUAUAUGUUAGAUGUUGGUAAAGUAAGAGCAGAAAGAUUAGGAUAUACAGUAAAAAAUAACUGUAACAUUGAAUGGAAGAAAGAAGAUGCUGAAAAUCUUAAUUUUCCUGAUGAAUCAUUUACAGCAUAUACAAUAGCAUUUGGUAUAAGAAAUGUUACUCAUAUUGAUAAGGUGUUAUCAGAAGCAUACAGAGUACUUAAACCUGGAGGUCGAUUUCUAUGUUUAGAAUUUACUCAUCUUGAAAAUGAUUUUUUACAAUGGCUUUAUGAACAAUAUUCUUUUCAAGUAAUACCAGUGAUGGGUACAUUAGUCACUGGGAAAUGGGAACCUUAUCAAUAUCUUGCAGAAAGUAUAAAAAAGUUUCCAAAGCAAGAAGAAUUUAAACAUAUGAUAGAUAUGAGUGGUUUCAGAAAUACUAGUUAUAAAAAUUUAUCUUGUGGUAUAGUAGCAAUACAUUCAGGAUUUAAAAUCUAAAGAUGAUAAUAUUGCUAUAAAAGUAUGAAUGUGAAUAUAUCUAGAAAUAUCUACAUAUUUAUUACUCUAAUAUUACAUAAAAAUUAUUUUGUAUAUAUUGUGCUAUUUCUGUUUCAUUAUUUAAA